AUGGGAAGAUUAGACACUCUGAGAGAAUUUAAUUUAUUGUCAUGGAUGAGAGAGGAAAGACAAUCGAGGAAGUUGAUCCUGGUCAUCGUUUUCAUCGCCUUGCUGCUGGAUAAUAUGCUUCUAACGGUUGUCGGUAGGUGCAACUUUGGAUAAAGUAUUUUCACACCGGUUACCUGUUGCGUCAACUAUUAUUUCACCCAUUGAAACUCGCAUUGUAUUUCUAAAACCAAUUGGAGUCUGUUGCUAGCCUAAAUAACCCAUCAACAAUUUGGACACAUGACAGAUAUUCUUUUGAACCAUGCAAUGUUUGGUUAUUUCCAUUUUAAGAAGGUUGUAUUCUCCUCUUUGUUUCGAGUAGUUACAUUUUGUUUUUUUGGUGUGGAACAAAAGUUAUUAAUGUCAGCGUCCUGGCUAUUGUUUUCCAAUAAUAAAAAAAAGAAACUAGGCUAGUCUAAAGCCUAUGAUUUGCUCAAAAUGUAGCCUUGCCUGAAGCUUUGUAAUAAUAUACGAAAUAAGACACUAGCUACUUCAGUUGUUAAUCUUGCAUAGACCUGGUCAUAUAAUUUCAUUUAAUUCAAAUAAGAUAGACAUUGAUUGGUUUGUCAUCCAAUAUUAGAUAGCACAAUGAGUAAGAAUUAAUGCAUAAAAUAUUUCAUAAAUCAAACAGAUUGUGAAUUCAAAUGCUAUUAUACCCAUAAUAACAUAUUAGUAGGCGGCCAAUGUGCAACAAUGUUGUUCCCUAAACGUUUAAUAUGUCUAUUAUGAUUAUUAAUGUUAUCAGAUUGUGUCAAAUUGCUAUCAACCUUAGGCAUUUUCAAAAGCUGUAGCCGAUAGUGUAAAGCUUCACAGGGAGAUUAAUUGUUCAUAAUUUAACAUAAUUUAUAUUGCCUUUCACGUGGCCAAGUAAAGAGUAAUUAUUAAAUGAAAACUGGUGGACCGGGAUGGUGGACCCGCUACAGAUGUAUUUUUGGUCCCAAGGUCCCUGUUCACUUGAUUUACUUGAAAGCAUCAACACUGCCAUUACCAAUGAAUCUCCCAGACGUAUCCGAUAGAUUAUAGAUGACAUUGAUGUGCGCGUAAAUGCUGUUAUUUUGCGCGAGAUUGCACCCUCAGCGCUGGACAGGUCUCCCGGACAUGUCCAUUGAGCACUGGAUACAGGUGCGCAUUGGAAGAAUGUCAGAAUAUAUCAGUCAGAAAUUACUCUAGAGUAGCUAGCUGUAUAUGCCUAUAUGUGAUUGGAGGCAAAUCUAUAAACAGCAAGGGCAUAACUUUGUGUUACAUACUGGAUCAAUGGGUUUCAGUGGCAACACCCUUAAGGUAGGUCUGGGGGAAUGCCCCCCAAGAGAUUAAAAAAAUUAAAUAAAAAUAGCUGUGAAAUUGUUAUUUCUGGUGAAUUUUUAAGGGAACAUAUCCAAAAAUGUCCUGAUAAUUUGGUACCCCAAUCACAACUGAAAUACCAAUAUUUUUCUAUAUUACUUGUAACUGUGUUCUUACUCGUAACAGUUCAGAAAGUCACCACCACACCCCUUCUUUAACUACAUUUAAAUGUCAAAACCCAUUCAUCUAUUUGUGUACCCUUCACCAUGCUUGGCUAGUAGAUGGUCUUGAAUAACUAAUUUCUCAUACCGAAUUAACUUAAAAGGAGUCGAGGCAAUCUGAGUCCAGAAACAUCUUACUUGGUUACACAAUUUUAUUGCAGUAUUAAUUCGUACAAUAAUUCAGUGACAGUCAAAAUAUAACUCCUCAAUAAGGAAUAAAAUGCUAUAGCAAUAGACUUCAAAAUAAAUAAAUCAGUAUGGCAUCAUGCUCAAGAAAUAGACUUAAAAAUAUACCCAUCAGUAUGGCCUCAUGCUCAAGCAAUAGACAUCAAAAAUGCAUAGCAACAACUCAUUGUCAUUCACCAUCAAGUAAAAAACACACACAUUCAAUAACAGUCAAUAACCGGUUGCAACCUUAUACAAAGGUGGGCAUAUAGUGGUACAGAGAUGGGUCAGAUCUUUAGUCUCAAUUCACUUAAAUGCACCAAAUACCUGUUUACGCAUGUCACUGCAAGCAAUAUAAUUAUGGCAUAUUGUUUUCCUAUCUAUGGUAUCCAGCUUUUCCAGGUGGAUAUGACAGACAUCAACAUGGUUCAAUCUGCUUUCUCACCUGAUGACCUGUUUGUCCUCUCCCUGCCUCAACAUGGGUGGUGCUCUCUCUCUCCCUCUCUAUACUGCCUGUCUCUGACCCCUGUCAUGACAACCAAAUGAAAUCAGAAUAUAAGCAACAACAUUUGUUAUAGCACUUGGGUACCAGUCUAUUAGGAAUUGUACAGUGUAGUUAGCUAGCUAGCUUUGUAGCCAUUCAUUCAUUUACGUAGUAUUUUGCACUCCCAAAAAUAAACUAAUGUACUGCACUUUUCUCUUCUUUGGUGUUGGCACCUCCAUUAAAGGCACUAUCUACUUUUUCACUAAGGUGAACACUGACUCACUGAGUGCUGCUCAUCUGAAACUGCAGUUGAAAGGGAAAAGGAGAAGAUCCAGAAACAAUGCUAACUUUGGUGCUAGCUUAUUAGCUAAUUUAGCUAACAUUAGCCUAGCUACAAUAGCCAACCUAACAUUGCAUGCAUCAGUAUAACUCGUAUAAAACUAUUCAUCACCAUUAGUUCGCUAGUUACACAACAACAUAGGAAUACAUCAAUGAAAUGUUCAUGAAGUUCUACUCAUUGCAAAUUGGCCUGUUUCAAAUAUUGGGGAGGUCAUGACCCCCUAAUAAUUAAUAUGAUAAAAACAUGAUAAUAACAUAAAAAUAUUAAAAUAAUAGGCUAAAACCAUCUUCAUGGGGCCAAUUAUUGUGUUAUCUGCCAUAUUUAUAGCUAAAUGAGUUAAAUCCAAUCAAUCUAUUCUUAAACCUUUGAAACAAAUGUAGUGUGUGUCCUAAUGUCACAUCCGCUACACAAAUCAAAUAAAUAUGAAAUAAAUUCUUAAUUAUAUUCCACACAGACUUUGUAUAGUGUUCAAAUCGUGGUUAGGUCUAUCAGGGAGAAGUUAUAUCAGAAUAUAGGAGAUAUAACCUUUUUCAACAUCUCUUUUUCUGAUCUUUUAUUCUUGGUAGUCCCCAUCAUCCCUAGCUACCUAUACACAGUUGAUGAUGCAGCAGCCAACAUGGCCAAGAAUCACACUACGGCCUCCCCACAUACCCCUUCUGGAACCUUCCAGACCAUCGUGUCCCUCUAUGACAACUCUGUCAGGGUAACCAGCGGGGGCCCAAUGGACUCCACACCCAUACCCUUGGGUCAGACGCAGGGGGUCUCUCCUUCCACCUCGGCUCUCACACCCCACAACUCCACACAGCCCGACUGCCCCAAAGCAGAUGACCAGCUGCUCAAUGAGAAUGUGAAAGUGGGACUACUCUUUGCCUCCAAGGCCACUGUACAGCUCAUCACCAACCCCUUCAUUGGGCCUCUCACCAACAGGUGGGUGAAUGACAGCCUCUAACCGUCACAUUUCCCCAUGUCCACACUGGUGUGUUUACUGUUACUCACUCUUUUUCAAAUAUCAUAUUUUUAUGCUUAUUUCUAGAUUAUUUUAAAUUGAAUGCCAGCUGUGAACUGGUUUGCAUGGCAACUAGCUUAGCUGUAUAUUCAUAUAAUUCAGGUUUCAUAAGACCUGUCUAUUUAUGUUACCCUUGUUUAUGAAGAGCUGCGGCAGGUAGCCUAGCAGUUAAGAGCAUUGGGUCAGUAAGCGAAGGUCGCUGGUUUGAAUCCCCGAGAUGACUAGGUGAAAAAUAUGUAAUUGUGCCCUAGAGCAGAGUGUCUGCUAAAUUACUCAAAUUUAAAAGUUUUAGCAUUUAAAAUGAUUCACUGGUUGCACUCAUUUAUAAAGUGGUUGUUUCAUACAGUUAUGACUUGAUUUGACUAAGAAUUAAAACAAGUAGUUUUGAAUCACACUAAAAUGAGAUGACAGCAGGCAGGCAAGCUGGACCAGUGUGUGUAUCUUCAGAGUUCAGUGCAUAGUCACAUGCAGUGUGGGUGCCUGCCAGGUCACAGUGGCUUCCUGCUAGCCCAGAGCUAAAUGGUGACUCAGCUUGCCCUGAGUUUGGGUACUCAGUCAAAGGUCAUUAUUUAAUAACAUGUAUGUAUUUAUCUAAGUCAAAUCACAGUAUAAAUGGAAAGAAAGACCAGUAACAGACUCUUUUCAAGUGACAGGGAGGAAAAUCAAAAACGGAUAACAUUUGUACAGUAUAUUGCUAUUUUGAGACCAAAUGGCAUGUCAGUUAAUAAUAAUAAUAAUAAUUUGCCAUUUAGCAGACGCUUUUAUCCAAAGCGACUUACAGUCAUGCGUGCAUACAUUUUUGUGUAUGGGUGGUCCCGGGGAUCAAACCCACUACCUUGGCGUUACAAGCGCCGUGCUCUAAUCCUGCCUGCUCCCAUGUAGCUAAAUUCCUGUUUAGGGAUUUGUGUUGGAUUUAUGCUUCCCUGUAUGCAUCCAGCAUGCAUUCAGUAUGGAUCUCUGCUUGUAGUGCUUUACAAGCACUUGUAGUUAUUGUUUUGAACUACUUACUGUUUUAAAAUUGCUCAAUAUCGAUUAUACUACAGAUCAAUUAUUUUAUAGACAUACCUGUAUGUUAGCACACAUUCUGAAAGACCAAGGUGUCAGAGAUAUUACUGGGAGGUAUUUUCUUAUGGAAUGCGCCCACGGUUAAAAUAAGGAAUCAGUCAAGAUGUGAGCUCUAGCAGUGCUCACUGCUCAGUAUUGGCAAAUGCAUCAAGGCUAGUAUUUACCGUCUCAACUGGGCACCACAAUAUGCUGUAAUUGAAGCAAACAAUAGAAUCCUAUUAUUUCCCCUUGGUCACCUUCGGCUUGGAUAAGGACAACACAAGGCAAGUCAUGCAUGUCAGUUACAUGGAACAAAGCCUGCAGUACACACUCAAGUUGUACAACUACUGAUGUGCAAUGCAUUGUGAUACAACAUAAUUUUUCUGCACAAAAAUACUUUUUAAAGCAUUGACACCACACAAUGGUUGUGUAAACAGUAUUGAGAAGGGAUGUCUCUAUGUGCUUACAGAAUAGGAUACCAGAUCCCCAUGUUUGCCGGGUUCUGUAUUAUGUUCCUGUCAACCAUCAGUAAGUAUUACCCACAUCCACACCCGUCAGAUCCACACCUGUUUUCAGAUCUCACAACGUGUUUCAAUGAUGUCUAUUCAUGAUUUAUGUUUUCCUUCGUUUUCUUUUGUCUGAAUUUCUAUUGUCAUUGUUGUUGUUGUUAAGUGUUCGCCUUCUCAUCGAGCUACACUCUGCUGUUUCUGGCCAGAUCCCUGCAGGGUGUGGGCUCCUCCUGCUCCUCCGUGGCUGGUAAGGUCCUUGGCAUUAGCCCUGACAUUUAUGGAUGCUUUCAGGAUUAGCUUCACUUUGAGACAGCUGCAGCAAGAACAUACAGUUUCUCCAGAAACUUCACCUUUUCAUUACUGUAGGCCUACCUUGUUAUGUCUCUCAAGUUGAACAAUCAUUUCUCACAGCUCUAGUGGAGUUAUUGAAAGGUGCUGUGGUAGAGGGACAAAUACUCCUAAUAUAGCGCUGGCAAAUGUCUAUUCAAACAGUCAGAGCAGUGUUUCAAUAAAGUGUGCUAUAAAUAAAUAAAAUACCCUGACUGCUUUAACCAAACAUAUACACUACCGUUCAAAAGUUUGGAUUCACUUAGAAAUGUCCUUGUUUUCGAAAGAAAAGCAAUUUUCUUGUCCAUUAAAAUAACAUCACAUUGAUCAGAAAUAGACAUUCUUAAUGUUGUAAAUGGCUAUUGUAGCUGGAAAUGGCUGAUUUUUAAUGGAAUAUCUACAUAGGCGUACCAGAGGCCCAUUAUCAGCAACCAUCAGUCCUGUGUUCCAAUGGCAUGUUGUGUUUGCUAAUCCAAGUUUAUCAUUUUAAAAGGCUAAUUGAUCAUUAGAAAACACUUUUGCAAUUAUGUUAACACAGCUGAAAACUGUUGUGCUGAUAUAAAAAGCAAUACAACUGGCCUUCUUGAGACUAGUUGAGUAUCUGGAGCAUCAGCAAUUGUGGGUUCGACUACAGGCUCAAAAUGGCCAGAAACAAAUAACUUUCUUCUGAAACUCGUCAGUCUAUUCUUGUUCUGAGAAAUGAAGGCUAUUCCAUGCGAGAAAUUGCCAAGAAACUGAAGAUCUCGUACAACGCUGUGUACUAUUCCCUUCACAGAACAGCGCAAACUGGGUCUAACCAGAAUAGAAAGAGGAGUGGGAGGCCCCGGUGCACAACUGAGCAAGAGGACAAAUACAUUAGAGUGUCUAGUUUGAGAAACAGACGCCUCACAGGUCCUCAACUGGCAGCUUCAUUAAAUAGUACCCGCAAAACACCAGUCUCAACGUCAACAGUGAAGAGGCGACUCCGGGAUGCUGACCUUCUAGGCAGAGUUGCAAAGAAAAAGCCAUAUCUCAGACUGCCCACUUAAUCUUUUCUUUUUAUUGGCCAGUCUGAGAUAUGGCUUUUUCUUUGCAACUCUGCCUAGAAGGUGAGCAUUCCGGAGUCGCCUCUUCACUGUUGACGUUGAGACUGGUGUUUUGUGGGUACUAUUUAAUGAAGCGGCCAGUUGAGGACCUGUGAGGCGUCUGUUUCUCAAACUAGACACUAAUGUAUUUGUACUCUUGCUCAGUUGUGCAUCGAGUUUCAGAAGAAAGUUAUUUGUUUCUGGCCAUUUUGAGCCUGUAAUCGAACCCACAAUUGCUGAUGCUCCAGAUACUCAACUAGUCUCAAGAAGGCCAGUUUUAUUGCUUCUUUAAUCAGCACAACAGUUUUCAGCUGUGCUAACAUAAUUGCAAAAGGGUUUUCUAAUGAUCAAUUAGCCUUUUAAAAUUAUAAACUUGGAUUAGCUAACACAACAUGCCAUUGAAACACAGGACUGAUGGUUGCUGAUAAUGGGCCUCUGUACACCUAUGUAGAUAUUCCAUAAAAAAUCAGCCGUUUCCAGCUACAAUAGCCAUUUACAACAUUAACAAUGUCUACACUGUAUUUCUGAUCAAUUUGAUGUUAUUUUAAUGGACAAACAAAUUACUUUUAUUUCGAAAACAGUCAAAUGUAAACUUUGUUUCCAUAUCAUUUUGACCAAAAAAAUCUAUGUGAUGACGAUGAAUCAAUAUGGAAAACUGAUUGGAUUAGCAAAAAGUAAUCAAAGAAAAAUAAAUUGGUUAGUUUUUUAUUCUAAAUCCAAUGACAUUGUGAAAUUUUUUGUUGAUUUCAUGUUGAAUUCACGUUAGUUGACAACUCAACCAAAUGUAAAUCAAAAAUAGAUGUUGAACUGAUGUCUGUGCCCAGUGGUUAGCUACAUGUCCUGUUCUUCUUCUAUAGGGAUGGGGAUGCUUGCCAGUGUGUACACAGAUGAUGAGGAGAGGGGAAAUGCCAUUGGGAUAGCCCUGGGUGGUCUCGCCAUGGGUGUGCUUGGUAUGUACACAAUUCAUGAUGCGUUUGAGCUCUUUGUAGACUACAGUAACAGGCUACGGUUGGCCAAAACCAUUGACCAUCUUUACUUUCUUCCACCCAGUGGGCCCACCAUUUGGCAGUGUCAUGUAUGAGUUUGUGGGGAAAACGGCCCCUUUCCUCAUUCUGGCUGUUCUGGCUGUGCUGGAUGGAGGUAAUGUGGCCAUGUUUCUAUCAUGAAGCAGAAAUACUGUUUUCUCCAAUCAGGAGUUACCUGUUUAGGGAUGCUAACUAAGUUCAGCCUCCGUGUCUCCCAACAGCACUGCAACUGUUCAUUCUCCAGCCCUCAAAGGUGGAACCAGAGGUGAGUAUAUUGCUAUAGAUUUUACAGCUCUUUUUACAAUUAUUUAUGUAAAUUCAUUGGAAUGUGUUCACAAUCACCAGAUCACUGUGAUAUCAAUAGUGUAUUAUAUGUGAUUUUAUUGGGAUUGGAUUCAAACAGUGUUUUUCCAGAUGAUUAAAGUGCUUUACACCAGCGAUUCUGAAAUGGGGGUCGCGACUCACGAUGGGAGAUUUUAAAUGGGUCGCGGGUGUCUGAGUAAAAAAAAAAAAAAAGUCUGAAUUUAAACAACUAAAUGUGUAGGUCUCUGGUAUGAUGGGUUACCAUCCCCGUUAGAGGAGAUGUGUGCCUGUGAUGGAGAUUCCUAUCACAACCCCUCUGACUUUGAUCUAUGGGGCUGAUGUGUAUCAGUCACCACAGAUACCAAGGAGGCAGAGAUUGAAUCAGAGCGCGAGAUGAUGGCUGUGAUUGUCAGACCAAUGGCGCUUAGACGAUGUUUAGUUGUGGAUGAUAGGGGAAAGUUGUUUAUGUUUGAAAUUGUUGUUUUGAAGAAUAUUAAAAAGGGGAAAAGGGAAUGGGUCUGGGUCAUGACAUAAUCCUCACUAUUAGUACAUAGCUGUCAUUAAGCUUAGAGAUGGUGCCAGAGGGACUGACAACGGGUUAUUGUCAGCGCUGUGCCAGUCUUCAGUAAACUCAAUGACUAUGUGUGGACAUUUUCUAUUCAGUACUGUAAGAGCAGGGACCCUCAGAAUAGAGAGGGAAAAUUGUGUUUCAGUAUGACAUAAGCACAGAUAGUAACCAAACAUCAUUGUGGAAUGAUGUAAACGCACAGACAGUACUGUAGCAAUUAUGUACCAUAUAGCAUUAUUUUUGGCUGCCUUUUUGUAUUAAUCAGUUUUGACAUGAAACUCAUGGCUCUCUGUUUAGCUCUACAUUUCAUGUCCCUUGUGACGAGGUGUGAAUGAAGGAGUCAGGCGCAGGAGGUAAAACACCGAAGUCCAGAGUUUAUUCCGUUUACAUAAAUAAAAUGCACCCAGCGUCAACCGAGCUACUCGCUCUCACAAUAAACAAUCACUCACAAAGACAAGGGGAACAUAGGGAACACUUAUACACAUACUAAUUAGGGGAAUGAGCACCAGGUGUGGGUGAUUGACAAGACAAGACAUGACAAGUGGAGUGAUGAGAAUGGGAUCGGCAGUAGCUAGUAAGCCGGUGACGACGAACGCCGAAACCUGCCCGAACAAGGAGGGGAGGCAGCCUCGGCGGAAGUCAUGACAGUACCCCCCUUGACACUUGGCUCCAGCAGUGCGCUGACCCCGGCCUCGGGGACGGCCAGGAGGACGCGGAGCAGGGCGAGUCGGAUGGCGACGGUGGAAAUCCCUCAACAGGGAGGGAUCGAGGAUGUCCCUCCUUGGGACCCAGCACCGUUCCUCCGGACCGUACCCCUCCCACUCCACGAGAUACUGAAGGCCCCCCACCCGACGCCUCGAAUCCAGUAUGGAAUGGACCAAGGACGCCGGGGCCCCCUCAAUGUCCAGAGGACGUGGAGGAACCUCCCGCACCUCAGACUCCUGGAGCGGACCAGCUACCCCCGGCCUGAGGAGAGACACAUGAAACGAGGGGUUAAUACGGUAAUCAGGGGGGAGUAACAACCUGUAUGUAACCUUGUUUAUCCUCCUCAGGACUUUAAACGGCCCCACAAACCGUGGGCUCAGCUUCUGGCAGGGUAGGCGGAGGGGUAGAUUCCGGGUCGAGAGCCAGACCCGAUCCCCCGGUGCGAAAACAGGGGCCUCCCUGCGGUGGCGGUCAGCGCUCGCCUUCUGACGACGCACGGCGCGCUGGAGGCAAACUUGGGCAGCGUCCCAAGUCUCCUCCGUGCGCCGAAACCAGUCAUCCACCGCAGAAGCCUCGGUCUGGCUCUGGUGCCACAGUGCCAGGACCGGUUGGUAACCCAAAACACAUUGGAAGGGUGUUAGGUUAGUGGAGAGGUGGUGGAGAGAGUUCUGAGCGUAUUCUGUCCAUGGCAGGAACACCGACCACUCCCCCGGCCGGUCCUGACAGUAGGUCCGGGUGAAGAAGAGGGCCCACCUGGCCUGGCGAGGAUUCAGCCUCCUUGCUGCCCGAAUGUACUCCAGGUUACGGCGGUCUGUCCAGACGAGGAAAGGGUGUUUCGCCCCUUCGAGCCAAUGCCUCCACACGUCAAAGCUCGGACAACAGCCAGCAGCUCCUGAUCACCAACGCCGUAGUUCUGCUCCGCCGAGCUGAGCUUCUUCAAAAAGAAGGCAUAGGGGUGGAGCUUGGGUGGCGUGCCCGAGCGUUGGGAUAAGACAGCGCCUAUCCCUACCUCGGACGCAUCCACCUCCACUACGAAGGAUAGUGAUGGAUCGGGGUGAGCCAGUACCGGGGCGGAGGUGAACAGACCCCACAAUCUACUGAAGGCCAAAUCAGCCUCAGCAGACCAGCAGAGCCAGGACGGCCCACCCUUCAACAAGGAGGUAAUGGGAGCUGCGACCUUGCCAAAGCCCCGAAUAAACCUCAGAUAGUAGUUGGCAAAGCCAAGGAAGCGCUGCACCUGCUUCACCGUGGUUGGAGUUGGCCAAUUACGCACGGCUGAAAUGCGAUCUCCCUCCAUCUCCACACCUGUGGUAGUAAUGCGGUAUUCAAGGAAGGAGAUUGACUGCUGGAAAAACUCACACUUCUCUGCCUUGGCAUAAAGAUCAUUUUCCAGCAGUCGGACCAGUACCUUGCGAACCAGGGACACAUGCUCGGCGCGCGUAGCGGAAUACACCAGGAUGUCAUCGAUGUAGACCACCAGACCGCGACCAAGCAUGUCCCGAAACACCUCACUCACAAAGGACUGGAAAACGGAUGGAGCAUUCAUCAAACCGUAGGGCAUCACCAGGUAUUCAUAAUGCCCGAGGUUGUGCUGAAUGCUAUUUUCCACUCAUCCCCUUCCCGAAUACGCACCAGGUUGUAGGCACUCCUGAGGUCUAAUUUGGUGAAAAAACGGGCCCCAUGGAUUGACUCAAUCACUGAAGGAAUGAGGGGAAGAGGAUAACUAAAUCGUACCGUCACCUUAUUCAGUGGUUGAUAAUCAAUGCACGGGCGUAAACCGCCAUCUUUCUUCUUCACAAAGAAGAAACUCAAGGAAGUGGAGGGACGUAUAUACCCCUGGGCAGGGACUCGGUGACGUAUGUUUCCAUAUCCUCCGUUUCAGCCUGCGACAGUGGAUACACAUGACUCCUGGGAGGUACAGCGUCUACCCAAAGGUUUAUCGCGCAAUCCCCCUCCCGAUGAGGUGGUAAUUUAGUCGCCUGCGUCUUGGAAAACGCGAGCGCCAGAUCAUGGUAUUCGGGGGGAAUGCGCACCAACGGAAACACCUAGACACCUACCCGGACACUCACGCGACCACCCCGUAAGAACCCUCUGCGGCCAUGAAAAAUUGGGGUUGUGAAGGGCUAACCACUGAAUACCUAAGACUACAGGGUAAGCAGGAGACUCAAUAAUCAAAAAAAUUAUCUGCUCAACAUGCGUCUCCUGUGUAAUCAUGGUGACUGGUACAGUAACCUCCUUAACCAACCUGGACCCUAAUGGUCGACUAUCAAGUGCUCUGAUGGGGAGUGGAAUGGAUAGGGGAACCAAUGAAAUGCCUUGACGGCGUACAAAUGCCCUGUCCAUAAAGUUCCCAGCUGCGCCUGAAUCGACUAGCGCCUUACACUGGGAAACUACCAGGUGAUCGGGAAAGGAGAUAGAGAAGGUAGAGUGCGCCGCAAAGGGCUCUGAACAAGUUUGGGUGUUCGUUACCUGGGGUGAUGCGUGAGUACCCUGCUUACCACCUCCAGACCCAAAAGAACGUUGACUGCGACGUGAGGUGGAUUGUCCCUUCAUGCCACCAGAGUGGCACUGUCGCUGUCCUCCUGCACUCUCUCGACCGGUGGCUCCCCCCAGCUCCAUCUGCUCGGGGUCAGAGUCGUCCGGAGUGGGAACGGGCAGACCCCUACCAGGACGUCCUCUGGCUGCUAGCAGAUUGUCCAGCCGGAUGUCCACCAGCUGGGAGAACGAUAGCAUGGCAUCACGGCAGGCUAGCUCCCGUCGGACGUCCUCCCUUAGGUGGCACCGGAAAUGGUCAAUCAGGGCACGCUCGUUCCACCCGGACCCCGCUGCCAGCGUCCAGAACUCCAGUGCGUAGUCCUGUGCGGUCCUCAUCCCCUGCCUCAGAUGGACCAGUCGUUCGCCCGCCUCUCGACCCUCAGGCGGGUGAUCGAAAACGGCCCGAAAGAGGCGAGCAAACGCCCGGUAGUCCUCCAACGCAGCACCUCCCUCGUUCCACACCGCGUUGGCCCACUCCAGGGCUCUCCCACAAAGUCAGGAAAUGAGGACACACAGGAGGUAAAACACCGAAGUCCAGAGUUUAUUCCGUUUACAUAAAUAAAACUAAACUAUAACAAGGGAAAAUAUUCCACCUUGGCAAAUACAAAUGGAAGAGUAGCUCAACCGAGCUACUCGCUCUCACAAUAAACAAUCACUCACAAAGACAAGGGGAACAGAGGGAACACUUAUACACAUACUAAUUAGGGGAAUGAGCACCAGGUGUGUGUGAUUGACAAGACAAGACAUGACAAGAGGAGUGAUGAGAAUGGGAUCGGCAGUAGCUAGUAAGCCGGUGACAACGAACGCCGAAACCUGCCCGAACAAGGAGGGGAGGCAGCCUCAGCGGAAGUCGUGACAUCCCUUUUCUCUCUACAGAGCCAGAAAGGGUCUUCACUAUGGAGUCUUAUGAAAGAUCCAUACAUACUCAUUGCUGCAGGUAAGACUGCAUCAUUUAUUAAUACUGUAAUAUUAUUACUUCAUUCUGAAGCACCUGCUGUGGCAUUUCCCAUUUCAGUCACACUAAGCAAAGAGCAAAGAGGCUGGAGCAAAGAGGUGGAAGAAGAAUUGACUCAGAUGUUCCAUCAAAUUCUAUUUCAGCGGUUGAAUUUGUGCCUUGAGCCAGGAAAAGACAAACACUGUGUCUACCAAUUGAUUUCAAAGUUAAGAACAGUAUUAUUGCCAGGGAGAGUGUUGCGAGGGAGUGAGCAUUGCAUGUUAAAAGGGGUCAUCUCUGCAUCAGAAUAGAUUGUGUAUGUGUGUGUGCGUGCGUGAGUGAGUGCGAGCGUGCGUCCGUGCAUUCGUGCGUGCAUUCUUGCAUGCGUGCUUGUGCAUGCAUGUGCAUGUGCGUGCAUAUGUGUGUGUGACUGUAUAUGUGUGUGCGUGCUUGCACACUUGCUUGUGUGUGUUGCAGUAUGUGUGAUACUGAAGUGCUGGGGGAAAAUGCAUCUAUGUGUCACCACUUCAAUUACCAGGUCCUUUGGCCAGGGUGAACUAAUACUUGGUAUAAUGUCUGAGGCUGAGGGAGAGUGGUAGGACACACCAAACAUGUGAAGAUGGAGUAUAACAGGCCCAGGGACCACUUAUCCUCCAUCCCAUUCUCUUUUCCAGGAUCCAUUUGUUUUGCAAACAUGGCCAUCGCCAUGUUAGAACCAGCGUUGCCUAUUUGGAUGAUGGAGACCAUGUGUCCAAGAAAAUGGCAGCUAGGUAUUUUGACAUUUAUUCUCCUUUUUGUCCCUCUUGACAACCCUGUUUCCCCUAUUGACAAUGCUGCACAUGAAACCAUUCUGCCCGCUGAAUGUACUUAGAAUAAAGGUCCUAAUUUCAACUCAAGGUUUGAAAACACAGCAUAGCACAAUAAUAACUUGACUAUGACAUUGUGGAUUAUAUAUAACUUUAGACUUGCAGUAACUUCAUAGGUGAACAUUGAAAAUCUCAUUGAAUUGAAACCAAAUCACUCUUUUUCUUUUCCGCCAUUAUUACUUAUUUUAUUAGUGGCGUUGACUAUGAGGACUCACACAGAUAAAGGGGGAUAAGAGAGGGGCUGGAGGAAUAUGGGGGGACAGGGCAGGAUAUUAGGGUGUCAUUUGAGGGCGAGUGGAGAGCAGGAGUGUUCAUUACUGUGUCUAGGAGAUGUGCUGGAGCCCUAUGAUGAAGGCUGAUAAUGUGACUGCUUAUCUGGGCCCCUCUCUCUACCCUGAUUCUCUCUCUCUCUCUCUCUCUGCCAGGCGUUGCCUUCGUGCCAGCCAGCAUCUCCUACCUUAUUGGAACCAACAUCUUUGGCGUCCUCGCACACAAGAUGGGGAGGUAGGGAGGGAAAUUACUCCCCUUUCUUCCGUCUCCUUAUCUUCUCCCACGUUGGUAUCUGUUUCCUGUGCUAUUGAGCAACUCUGAAUUAGAUUUCUCUGGCAGGUUGGGUAUUUGCUGUUUAUUGAAGUCUCAGUGUGACAGUGUGUUUAUGACCGCUUGGCUAAUGUUUGUUUGUUUGCCGCAGUUGAUCAGGUGUGUGAUCAGUCACAUAUGAAUCAUUCGAUUUUUACCUCACAUUUUAUGAAAAUACAUUUAUUUCAGGACUCAAAUAUUGCCUGUAGCCAUAGCAGUAUUAUUUUAGAAAGUUUGAAAUAAGUAACUGUCAGGCGUCAGUGUGUAGCGGUAGGACGGAGUCAGGCGCAGGACACAGAGCUAGUAGACAACGUACUUUACUCGUGAAAAUAAAUUAACAUAAUCUCCACGCAGGGAGGACAAAUCCCGCUCACCAGUCGAUGACACCAAACAUAGAACAAACACGCACACAACACAGUGGGAGCCAGAGGGUUAAAUAGGGAACAAAUCAUGAACAUAAUGGGAACCAGGUGUGUACAAUAAAGACAAAACAAGUAGAACACAGAAACAUAGAUCGGUGGCAGCUAGUACUCCGGUGACGACGAACGCCGAAGCCUGCCCGAGCAAGGAGGAGGGGCAGCCUCAGCUGAAUUCGUGACAGUAACUGCUAUUUGUUUUUCAAAAUGUCCUAAUCUUGACCUAAAGAAAACAGAUUGUGAUCCAUUUCCUUCCUCUAUUCAUUUAUUUUAGGUUUAAUAUUCUAAUAAAUCGGAUUGUGUGGCCUUGCGGUACAAAACAACGGUGGAGGGAGGGGAGAGGGACCUUGACUGUUGUCAUUGGCAGACCCUGAACUGCUCUUUCUUCUUUUCCCAGAUGGCUGUGCUCUCUCAUCGGGAUGGUCCUAGUGGGGGUUAGCAUCCUCUGUGUGAGUACUAGGCACAUCUUCCUCAGCUAGUGUUUAGCAUCCAGCUCAAUACAGUGCUUACCUUACCUGUUUGGCCUGGUGGUAUCAUCAAUACCAUCUAAAGAUUGUUUGAGUAACACUAUUGGCUAUAGGUGAAAGCUAGGGUUUUACCAACCCAGUCAUGUCAGAUCAGGAAUUACAUACAAGAAAGGAGGAAGUAAUGUCCUACUAUAUCUCAUUAGUCUGCAAAUCACAUUCUGAGUCUAGGGAAGGGGAGUUCACUCAGAAGUCAACCAGCAAAUAGCUAAUUCUCUGGAAACAGACAAUUCCAUUUUCAUUGUAGUGCCUUAUGCAGUUGUUUUUGUGUGUGCGAGAACAAAUGUGGUGAGAGAACAAAUAUCCUCAAGUCCCACAUAAAGAUGGUAUUCUGGAUUACACUGUAUACAUUUGAUCAAUAAAAACCCUCUUACACUCUUUACCUUGACUAUGUCCUGUGUCACAGGUUCCUUUUGCUAAGGACAUCUAUGGACUAAUACUUCCGAAUUUCGGUGUUGGUUUUGCAAUUGGUAAGUCAAUUUGUUUUGCAUUGUACAUGGAAACUGCACAUUUUGAAAUUAGCAUCUGGUUUCUAACAGAUACUACUGAAUUUCUCAAUGUCUUGUCUCUUGUCAGGCAUGGUGGAUUCCUCUAUGAUGCCAAUCAUGGGCUAUUUAGUGGACCUGAGACAUGUGUCAGUCUAUGGCACUGUGUACGCCAUUGCUGAUGUGGCAUUCUGCAUGGGCUUUGCUUUAGGUAACUCAGAUGCUUGAAAAUAACCCAGUCACACAUUCUUUUUUUUUGUGAUCAAGUUUUUAUUUUGGGGUUGACAAGACAAACAAAAAAGCACAAACCAAAAGACAUUACACAAAUACACAUUUGUCGCCCCACCCCAUCCCACCCACAGGACCCGCUACCUUAAGUACAUACACUACCAGUCAAAAGUUUGGACACACCUACUCAUUCAAGGGUUUUUCUUUAUUUGUUACUAUUUUUUACAUUGUAGAAUAAUAGUGAAGACAUCAAAACUAUGAAAUACCACAUAUGGAAUCAUGUAGUAACCAAAAAAGUGUUAAACAAAUCAAAAUAUAUUCUUCAAAUAGCCACCCUCUGCCUUGCUGACAGCUUUGCACACUCUUGGCAUUCUCUCAACCAGGUUCAUGAGGUAGUCACCUGGAAUGCAUUUCAAUUAACAUGUGUGCCUUCUUAAAAGUUCAUUUUUGAAAUUUCCUUCCUUCUUAAUGCGUUUGAGCCUAUCAGUUGUGACAAGGUAGGGGGGUAUACAGAAGAUAGCCCUAUUUGGUUAAAAACCAAGUUAAUAUUAUGGCAAGAACAGCUCAAAUAAGCAAAGAGAAACGACAGUCCAUCAUUACUUUAAGACAUGAAGGUCAGUCAAUACGGAACAUUUCAAGUUUCUUCAAGUGCAGUCGCAAAAACCAUCAAGCGCUAUGAUGAAACUGGCUCUCAUGAGGACCGCCACAGGAAUGGAAGACCCAGAGUUACCUCUGCUGCAGAGGAUAAGUUCAUUAGUUACCAACCUCAAAAAUUGCAGCCCAAAUAAAUGCUUCACAGAGUUCAAGUCACAGACACAUCUCAACAUCAGCUGUUCGGAGGGGACUGUGUGAAUCAAGCCUUCAUGGUCAAAUUGCUGCAAAGAAACCACUACUAAAGGACACCAAUAAGAAGAAGAGACCUGCUUGGGCCAAGAAACACGAGCAAUGGACAUUAGACCGGUGGAAAUGUGUUCUUUGGUCUGGAGUCCAAAUUUGAGAUUUUUGGUUCCAACCGCUGUGUCUUUGUGAGACGUGGUGUGGGUGAAUGGAUGAUCUCCACAUGUGUAGUUCCCACCGUAAAGCAUGGAGGAGGAGGUGUUAUGGUGUGGGGGUGCUUUGCUGGUGACACUGUCUGUGAGUUAUUUAGAAUUCAAGGCCCACUUAACCAGCAUGGCUGCCACAGCAUUCUGCAGCUACAGUAUACGCCAUCCCAUCUGGUUUGCGCUUAGUGGGAUUAUCAUUUGUUUUUCAACAGGACAAUGACCCAACACACCUCCAGGCUGUGUAAGGGCUAUUUUAUCAAGAUGGAGAGUGAUGGAGUGCUGCAUCAGAUGACCUGGCCUCCACAAUCCCCCGACCUCAACCCAAUUGAGAUGGUUUGGGAUGAGUCGGACGGCAGAGUGAAGGAAAAGCAGCCAAGAAGUGCUCAGCAUAUGUGGGAACUGUUGGAAAAACAUUCCAGGUGAAGCUGGUUGAGAGAAUGCCAAGAGUGUGCAAAGGGUGGCUAUUUGAAGAAUCUCAAAUAUAAAAUAUAUUUUGAUUUGUUUAACACUUUUUUGGUUACUACAUGAUUCCAUAUGUGUUCUUUCAUAGUUUUGAUGUCUUCACUAUUAUUCUACAAUGUAGAAAAUAGUAAAAAAUAAAGAACAACUCUUGAAUGAGUAGGUGUGUCCAAACUUUUUACUGGUACUGUAUAUUUAAAGUAAUGAUUUUAUACUGCCAAGUGUUGUAGUCCAUAUGUUAGUAUUCUCUGAUUUUGCACCUUGCAUUCUUAUGUAUGUUUUUAAGAUGUGGCAUAGUAAGAGUUUGUAGAUUUGACAUGUCAUAGGGAUAGUAUCAUGGCAUGUCAAUAUGGGGAAAAUAAGGCCUCUAUAUCCGACUCCUCUAUAAGCUCAUUAACCUUCCUUUGCUGAUGAAGGUCCGUCCGCUGGAGGCGCCAUAGCGAAGAGCAUUGGGUUCUCUUGGCUCAUGACCAUCAUUGGCAUCGUGGACAUCCUCUUCGCUCCCCUCUGCUACUUCCUCAGGAGUCCUCCUGGGAGGGAAGAGAAAAUGGUAAGACACUGAACACCUUGUACACACGCACAUACAUGUACAGAGAGAACUACCAUACCCACAGGCUCAAACUACUGCCGUCUUUUACAGGCAAUACUACCAGGAGAAACAGAGAGAGAGGAACUUGAGACAGAGUUAUGAUCAUGAGACACACCCUUUCUUUGAUUUGGCUAUCUAUUUAAGUUGACCAGUUCAGGUCUCACCAUUGCUGUGGAAUGCAUUCUAUUGCUCUUGGACACCCCCACCCCAGUUUCCACCUGCUUUUGGUUCUCCAGACUGAAUUGGUUUAGAGCAGGAGUCUCCAACAGGUCGAUUGCAGCCCACCUAUGAGUAGCUCGCCAAACAAUUAUGAAAGUACACACAAUUUUCACGUGCUUCACCUCAAACUGUCAUUAAAAAAUCUCACAAGUAUCAGACACUGCAAACUCCCAGCUACUAUCUAAUCAACACAACAUUGACAUUAUCCCACCCCUGGUUAGCCACUAUUGGCUUAAAAAGUGUGUGUGUGGGGGGGGGGGCUGUAUGAAUUACAAACAGCUGUAUACUAAGCGUCUCCGUAUACACUACAGUGCCUUGCAAAAGUAUUCAUCCCCCUUGGCGUUUUUCCUAAUUUGUUGCAUUACAACCUUUAAUUUAAAUAGAUUUUAAAUUGGAUUUCAUGUAAUGAAAAAAAAUAACUUGUUUCAAAAAAUAAAAUAAAAAUAUUAAUGGAAAACUGGUGCGUGCAUAUGUAUUCACCCCCUUUGCUAUGAAGCCCCUAAAUAAGAUCUGGUGCAACCAAUUACCUUCAGGAGUCACAUAAUUAGUUAGAUUGCACACAGGUGGACUUUAAUUAAGUGUCACGUGAUCUGUCACAUGAUCUCAGUAUAUAUACACCUGUUCUGAAAGGCCCCAGAGUCUGCAACACCACUAAGCAAGGGGCACCACCAAGCAAGCGGCACCAUGAAGACCAAGGAGCUCUCCAAACAGGUCAGGGACAACGUUGUGGAGAAGUACAGAUCAGGGUUGGGUUAUAAAAGAAUAUCAGAAACUUUGAACAUCCUACGGAGCACCAUUAAAUCCAUUAUUUAAAAAAUUGAAAGAAUAUGGCACCACAACAAACCUGCCAAGAGAGGGCCGCCCUCCAAAACUCACGGACCAGGCAAGGAGGGCAUUAAUAAGAGAGGCAACAAAGAGACCAAAGAUAACCCUGAAGGAGCUGCAAAGCUCCACAGCGGAGAUUGGAGUAUCUGUCCAUAGGACCACUUUAAGCCAUACACUCCACAGAGCUGGGCUUUACAGAAGAGUGGCCAUAAAAAGCCAUUGCUUAAAGAAGAAAAUAAGUAAACAUGUUUGGUGUUCGCCAAAAGGCAUGUGGGAGACUCCCCAAACAUAUGGAAGAAGGUACUCUGGUCAGAUGAGACUAAAAUUUAGCUUUUUGGCCAUCAAGGAAAACGCUAUGUCUGGCGCAAACCCAAAACCUCUCAUCACCCCGAGAACAGCAUCCCCACAGUGAAGCAUGGUGGUGGCAGCAUCAUGCUGUGGGGAUGUUUUUCAUCGGCAGGGACUGGGAAACUGGUCAGAAUUGAAGGAAUGAUGGAUGGCGCUAAAUACAGGGACAUUCUUGAGGGAAACCUGUUUCAGUUUUACAUUUUACAUUUCAGUCAUUUAGCAGACGCUCUUAUCCAGAGCGACUUACAGUUAGUGAGUGCAUACAUUUUCAUACUGGCCCCCCGUGGGAAUCGAACCCACAACCCUGGCGUUGCAAACGCCAUGUUCUACCAACUGAGCUACAGGGACUGUCUUCCAGAGAUUUGAGACUGGGACGGAGGUUCACCUUCCAGCAGGACAAUGACCCUAAGCAUACUGCUAAAGCAACACUCGAGUGGUUUAAGGGGAAACAUUUAAAUGUCUUGGAAUGGCCUAGUCAAAGCCCAGACCUCAAUCCAAUUGAAAAUCUGUGGUAUGACUUAAAGAUUACUGUACACCAGCAGAACCCAUCCAACUUGAAGGAGCUGGAGCAGUUUUGCCGUGAAGAAUGGGCAAAAAUCCCAGUGGCUAGAUGUGCCAAGCUUAUAGAGACAUACCCCAAGAGACUUGCAGCUGUAAUUGCUGCAAAAGGUGGCUCUACAAAGUAUCUUGAAAGUGGUAGGCAUGUAUCAAAGGAUACAAACCCCCCAAAAAUCAAUUUAAUUCCUGGUUGUAAGUAACAAAAUAGGAAAAAUGCCAAGGGUGGUGAAUACUUUCGCAAGCCACUGUACACAGACAAAAGUAUGUGGACACCCCUUCAAAUUAGUGGAUUCAGCUAUUUCAGCCACACCCGUUGCUGACAGGUGUACAAAAUUGAGCACACAACCAUGCAAUCUCCAUAGACAAACAUUGGCAGUAGAAUGGCCCAUACUGAAGAGCUUAGUGACUUUCAACGUGGCACCGUCAUAGGAUGCCACCUUUCCAACAAGUCAGUUCAUCAAAUGUAUGCCCUGCUAGAGCUGCCCCGGUCAACUGUAAGUGCAGUUAUUGUGAAGUGGAAACGUCUAGGAGCAACAACGGCUCAGCCGCGAAGUGGUAGGCUAGACAAGCUCACAGAACGGAACCAUCGAGUGCUGAAGCGCGUAGCGCAUAAAAAUAAUCUGUCCUCGGUUGCAACACUCACUACUGAGUUCCAAAAUGCCUCUGGAAGCAACAUCAGCACAAGAACUGUUCAUCGGGAGCUUCAUGAAAUGGGUUUCCAUGGCCGAGCAGCCGCACACAAGCCUAAGAUCACCAAGCACAAUGCCAAGCAUCGGCUGGAGUGGUGUAAAGCUCACCACCAUUGGACUCACCACCAUUGGCAGUCCGACGGACAAAUCUGGGUUUGGCUGAUACCAGGAGAACGUUACCUGCCCAAAUGCAUAGUACCAACUGUAAAGUUUGGUGGAGGAGGAAUAAUUGUCUGGGGCUGUUUUUCAUGGAUCGGGCUAGGCCCCUUAGUUCCAGUGAAGGGAAAUCUUAGUGCUACAGCAUACAAUGACAUUAUAUACGAUUCUGUGCUUCCAACUCUUCUGGCAACAGUUUGGGGAAGGCCCUUUCCUGUUUCAGCAUGACAAUGCCCUUGUGCACAAAGCGAGGUCCAUACAGAAAUGGUUUGUCAAGAUCUAUGUGGAAAAACUUGACUGGCCUGCACAAAGCCCUGACCUCAACCCCAUUGAACAUCUUUGGGAUGAAUUGGAACGCCAGGCCUAAACGCCAGGCCUAAUCGCCUAACAUCAGUGACCGACCUCACUAAUGCUCUUGUGGCUGAAUGGAAGCAAGUCCCCACAGCAAUGUUCCAACAUCUAGUGCAAAACCUUCCCAGAAGAGUGGAGGCUGUUAAAGCAGCAAAGGGGGGACCAACUCCAUAUUCAUGCCUAUGAUUUUGGAAUGAGAUGUUCGAUGAGAUGGUGUCCACAUACUUUUGGCCAUGUAGUGCAUACUUCCAUACAUUUUUCAUCAACGUUUUGUGAGGCCUAUGGGCAUCCUAGAGCAAAACAAUUGACAUGUACGUGUUUGUGAGAGUCUCACCUUUACACAGAGGGGUUAGUGUGUAGCCCAAAAUGUUCGGACACUACAGACAGAAAUUGGAAGAUCGGCUGUACCAACUUCAGACGAGUCCCAAGACGCUUUGGGGGGUAGCAGAGCAAAAUGGAGUAGAGCAAAACCGUUCAGACGCUACAGACGAUUUUGUGAUGUCUCAUGGUCUGACAAAAAGCGCUCUAGCUCUGUCACCUUUCACCGCAGAUCCGGAAGUGUUACAUAGGCUGAUGCGGUGGAUUGAGACACAUCCAAUGCCAAAAAACAGAUAUAAUUUUAUGGGGGCCAGAUGAACAAUUAAAGGGGAAUUACACUCAAAUUCCAAGUUUUCUACCAGAAAAAAUAACAGGGUAUGGUAGUAGGUGCCAGGCGCACCAGUUUUUGUCAAGAACUGCAACACUGCUGGGUUUUCACGCUCAACAGUUUCCUGUGUGUAUCAAGAAUGGUCCACCACCCAAAGGACAUCCAGCCAACUUGACACAACUGUGGGAAGCAUUGGAGUCAACAUGGGCCAGCAUCCCUGUGGAAUGCCAUGAUGAAUUGAGGCUGUUCUGAGGGCAAAAAGGGGUGGUGCAAAUCAAUAUUAGGAAGGUGUUCUUAAUGUUUUGUACACUCAGUGUAGUUUCCCCUUUGGUUGGACAUUUUGGGGGUAGAUGGUGGUGGUGAAUCUACAUCGUUUUAAAUGCUUUUAUAAAUUGCACAUGGGUAUCUCUGUAACUAGAUAUUGUGACAAAGGUUCAAAGAAUGAUGCCUCUCGAGGCAGACUAAUAAAUUGACCUUGGUAGUUGUCUUCCAUCAAAGCUACAUGACUGUAUACGAUGCGACCACAGUACAAAGCUCUUUGUGUUCAAACAAGAUAUAUUUUAUCUCUGAUACUUUGAUCCUUGAUAACAAAUUAUUGGUGGCCAUUUUAUGAUCUUUUUGCAUUUAUGGUAAAUGUUUUGGUUGUACUCUGACUCUAGACAGUUGUUUUCUUCUCAGGCCAUCUUGAUGGACUCCAACUGCGCAAUGAAGACCCGAUCGUACUCAACACAAGGGAACACAGAGUACGAAGAGAUGGAGACAGAGUAUGAUGAGUAGUAAUGGACACCAGACAUGUAUGUUACCUUCCAGAGGAUCUAUUUUGUUGUACAAAAACAG